AUGCCAGUGUCAUGUGUAUUGUUGAUAUCAAAUUCGCGAUAUCAUCUCCCCGCAAAACUUUUAUUCCUCGUAACACACGGCGUCAGUAUAUUUCUCGGGUUCAUAUAUGACAAAGCUACCCCCGAUCUUUAUCCAAACAACUCCUACCGUAAACUCGAAUGGGCAAUUAUCUGUAUACUAUUAGUUCAAUCAGUUCUCGGGGUUUUGAGAGUAAUCGUCAGAACUGUGCUUCCAGAGAAUCGACAUCUCAUGGGAAGUAAGGAAGGUUUCACGCCAAUUAGAGAAGAUGACCCAGAGUGCAGGCCAUCUGGGGAUAGCGGCCAGGGAACAGAGGAUUAUUAUCCGUCGAGAGCGUCCGUUUACGGUGAUCGAGAUAAUCAGCUUCAAGAAUUUGAUGGUGAUGAGCCUUACAUAGUCCCAACACAGGUAGAAAGGGUUGGUUAUUUCGCCAAGACUACAGAACGUAUCGAAUCAUUCCUUUCUCGCCGUAUGCCGUUUGUCUUUAAUGAGCGUGUUAUGCGAGUUUGCGGGUUUUGCUAUGAUUAUAUAGAGAGAUUCCUUGUGAUUCUGGGGUAUGUGCAGAUAUGUUUAGGUAUCGUAACGGGAAGCGGCAUAUUCAUGGGCAACAGAGUCUUCAACGGCCUCGCACACUUCAUCAAAGGCAGCAUCUUCUUCCUCUACGGUAUCAUCACCCUAGGAAGGUGGCUCGGGGCAUUUAGUGAGCUCGGUUGGGCAUGGAAUGUCAAGCCUUCUCUUCGCGAAUUUGGCGGAGGCUGGGCUAGAAAAUACGUUCCAUCGGCUGAAAUGAUUGAAUCGACGACAAUAUUUGUGUAUGAGCAUGUAUCGAUAGCUUUCAUGUUUAUCGGGGGUGGUCUGUCGGGAAUACUUUUCGAGUCCAAAAAGAUUCGAGACUUGCUCAAUUACUCAACAGUCACACAAGUGACAACUCCAUCAAACUCUCCUACUAUUUCAACUCCUGGACAUCAAGUCCCCAAGAACUAUGGCAUGUCGUAUAAUCCGAUUCCGGCUUUGGUGUUCUUCAUUUUGGGGGUGAUGAUGAGCAAACACCACCAGGCAUUGCCUUUAUCGACCACUUUACACACACAGUGGGGAACACUUUUAUCCGGGUUCUCGGUCUUUAGGCUUUUGACAUAUGCCUUACUUUAUCUCUCACCUCCAAUAUCGUACCUUCCAUCCAGGCCGCCCACAGAGAUUGUAGGGUCCUUCUGCCUGAUGGCCGGAGGUCUGGUUUUCAUGGCUAGUAAUAAGGACACUGCCAGCUACCUCGACAGAGUUUCUGCAGACCCGAUGUUCAUCCUAACGGUCAUAAUCGGUAUCGCAGCACUUAUAAUGUGCUGGGUAACUGGUGUUAUGGCCAUAAAGGGAUGGGCCCUACGGCGAGAGCACCGUAAAAGCUGA